GCGUAAAAAAAUUGGGAUUUUACACAAAGCUGGGGUUCUACUUCACCGAACAAUUCCAGGCGCCGCUUUGCGAUCGAAUUGCUCGACAAGAUGGCGACCCCUUCUCUGGCCGAAAAGCUGGACAAGAUCAAGUCCCCUGGUCUUCAGAGCCAACAACGGUAUGUCGUAGUUCUGAAUGCCGUCGAGUCGACUUUGAAGGACCAGAACACGGCCGCGACCCCGACGGGAUACUUUGCCGCGCUCCUCGCGCUUCUCCAGCAGGCGAACAGCAAUGAUAACAUCAACCUGGAGCUGGCCACGCCGGCCGUCUACCUCCUUGACGUCGUUACGCCCUUUGCCCCGCAGCCUCUCCUCCGCGCCAAGUUCACACAGAUCCUGACUCUGCUGGCCCCCAUACUCCUGUUGCAGGAUGCAGAGCCGAUGCUGCUGCGAUCGUCAAUCGGAUGCCUCGAGUCACUGCUUCUAGCCCAGGACUCUGCGUCUUGGGAGCUUGGUGUCACACAGAUUGGACCCCGACGUGCGGUUGCUGGACUCUUGAACAUGUCCCUGGAUCAACGACCCAAGGUGCGAAGAAGGUCUCAGGACGCAUUGAAGAAGGUCCUGCGAAACCCUCCCCCGAGCCCCUCGCUGGACCACCCCGCUGCCGACAUGUGCGCCCAGACGGCUAUGAAGAACCUGGACGACCUGGCUGGUCAGAUUGCGCAGUUGCGAAAGGGAAAGAAGUCUUCCGACACUACCCACGAACCGGCCAUGAUCCACGCUUUGCAACUGGUCAAGACGGUGGCAUCCGCGAGCGGCGGAUGGCCCAGCAAGAAGAUUGAGUCGCUGUGUGAACUGCUGCUCGGAAUUGCCAAGACCGGAAACGAGUAUAUGACGAUGGCUUCUUUCGAGAUCUUCGAAAUGAUUUUCGAGGGAAUGAGCGAUGAGCUUUCGUCUGCCAAGCUGCCGCGCCUGAUGGAGAUCAUCUCCGAGCUCCGCCCGGCUGCCAACGACACCCAGCUCGUGCCCCCGUGGCUGGCGAUUUUGUCGAGAGGAUACGAUGUUUCGGCUCAGAUGGAGCCAGAGGAGACCUUCCAGAACAUCCCCAACUUGUUCGAAAUGAUUGCGCAAUUCCUCGAGUCACCCUCCGAGAACAUUCGAAUUUCCGCGUCCGAGUGUCUGGUUUCCUUCAUGGCCAACUGCGUGCCUCGUCAAGUUAUCCUCGAGCCUUCCAUUUACGACGAGAAAACCCUGGAGAAGAUCGCAAAGACAGCCGAGUCACUGUUGACUGUUCAGUACCAAGCCGCUUGGUUGCAGACCUUCACCGUUUUGGGGGCCAUGUUUGAUGCCCUGCGAUGGAGGGCUUUCCCUAUUAUGCUGAACAUCACCAAGACGAUUGGCGAAAUCCGAGAAAACGGAUCUUUCCGCAACAAGAAGGAUGCGGAUGAGGUGAUCGGAAAGGCCAUCCGGGCAAUGGGACCCGAGGCCGUCCUUUCGGUUCUCCCCCUGAACCUUGCGAAGCCCGCCAAGGGACAACCGGGACGAGCCUGGAUGUUCCCUAUUCUGCGAGAUUAUACUAGCAACACCAACCUGGCCCACUUCAAGAGUGAGAUGGUGCCACUCAGCGAACUGAUGUUCCAGAAGGUGUUGAACCACGGCCAAGCCGAGAAGACCAUGGAGCUCAAGAUUUACGAGACUGUGGUACAGCAAAUCUGGUCCAUUCUUCCCGGUUACUGCGAUUUGCCUCUGGACUUGACCGAGGAAUUCGACCAAGGUUUCGCAGAAAUUCUGGCCAACCUUCUUUACAAGCAGGUCGACCUGCGACUGGAUGUCUGCAGAGCCCUCAAGACUAUGAUCGAAUCGAACAAGGCUAUCGCCGAGAUCGAGGAGGAGGAAGAGGACCUCGUCCUCCAGAGCCGAGUUAGUCGUGCUGCGGCUAAGAAGAACCUCGAGUUCCUUUCGCAAUACGCUGGCAACAUGCUCGCCGUCCUGUUCAACGUUUAUACCCAGACUCUUCCCCAGAGCCGAGGCCCCAUUUUGCAGACCAUUAACGUCUUCCUCAGCAUCACUCCCAACCAGGAGCUUAUGGAGACCUUCGACCGUGUGAGCAAGAUGCUGGCAUCUGAGCUGGAGCAAGCCUCCAAGGAGAGCGAGAAGGAUAAGAAAGAGAAGAAGGAGAAGGCACAGAAGUCUAAGGAUCACAUGCCGUCAACAGCACAGACCCUGAUGGAUCUUGUCAUCACCAUGUCCGUUUAUCUUCCCCGCGAGAGCUUCUCUGCGCUCUUUGAGAUCGCCGCCGUUAUUAUCUAUAAGCAGGACGAGCCUCAAUUACAGAAGAAGGCAUACAAGCUCAUCCCUCGCCUGGCGGAUUCUGAGAUCGGCAAAGCUGCACUCCAAGAGAGGAGUGUCGAGCUGCAGAGCCUCAUCUUUUCCAGCACCGAGAAGGUUUCUGCCCCUGCCCGACGAGAGCGCCUCGCUGCAAUUACCGCCCUCCUCCCCUUCAUCCCUGAUACUUCCCUUCACUUUAUCCCUGCCGUGCUCAGCGAGGUUGUCAUCUGCUGCAAGGAGAACAACGAGCGUGCCCGAGAGACGGCAUACGAGCUCUUGGUCCAGAUGGGACACCGCAUGGCUGGCGCCAACGGUGUUCCCAUUGACAACACUCGGGUUCCUCAUAUGCCCAAGGAUGCCCCCGCUGGUACCGCCAACAUUGAGGAGUACUUUACCAUGGUUAGCGCCGGUUUGGCUGGCAGCACCCCCCAUAUGAUCUCUGCCUCCAUCACUGCCAUCAGCCGGCUGUUGUACGAGUUCCGAGAAGGCCUCAGUGAACAGACCCUCUCUGACCUUGUGCAAACCAUGGAUCUCUUCCUGACCUCCAACAACCGAGAGAUCGUCAAGAGCUGCCUGGGCUUCGUCAAGGUUUGUGUCAUUGGCCUCCCAGUGGAGCUUAUGCUCCCCCGGCUUUCUACUCUCGUACCCAACCUCAUCGUGUGGAGUCAUGAGCACAAGGGCCAUUUCAAGGCCAAGGUCAAGCACAUCCUAGAGCGCAUGGUCCGCCGAUUCGGAUACGACAACAUCCACCAGAACUGCCCCGAGGCGGACAAGAAGCUAAUUGUCAACAUCCGCAAGACAAAGGAGCGAUCCAAGAAGAAGAAGGAUGCCGCAAAGGCAGGAGGUGACGACGACAGUGAUGAUGACGAGGGCCAGGGCAAGCGACAGUUUGAGAACGAGUACGACCAGGCCCUGUACAGCAGUGACUCUGACGGCUCAGACGACGACGAUGACGAGGACGCACCCAGACAAAAUAAGAGGGCUCAGAAGGGAGGCAAGACUUAUAUCGUUGAGGACGAGGACGAACCCCUUGACUUGCUUGACAAGAAGGCCCUCGCCAACAUCUCCUCCACCAAGCCCAUGAAGCUCCGCAAGCCGACCCGCACCAAGGCCAAGGUCGACCUCGACGGCAAGCUCAUUCUCGGCAAGGACGACGAUGAGGCCAUGGAUGUCGAUGAGCCCGAGGCCUCGGGCGUGGGCGCCUACGUCGCUGCCCUCAAGGGCAAGGACGUUGCCAAGCGUGGCCGUGGCGGCAAGCUCAAGUUCUCCAACCGCCGCACCAACGAUGACGAUGACGACGAGGAGAUCGACGACAUGAACGCCGACACUGUCGCUGCCGUCAAGAGCAAGAUGAGCCCCCGGGGCAACGGCCGCUUCCGUGGUGGACGUGGCGAUGGCUUCCGCGGUGGUCGUGGAGGCCGCGGCGGCGGUGCUCGAAGCGGCAAGGGUGGCAUCUCAGCAGGUCGCAAGGGAUUGGGCGUUGAGAAGAGGCAUGGGCCGUCUCUGGCGGGCGUGGGCAAGGGACGGGGCAGAGGGCGCAAUUAGGUGCCUUGUUUAUACCCAUUCGAUAAAUCAGGUUCCGGCAGGUGUUCAAAAUUUACAGUCACGUUUAAGUAUUCAGGUCAUCAAAGUAUACAUAGAUCAUUCACAAGCACAUUUCACAAUCCUUUGCAAGAUAGGCCAGCUCGUUC